AUGGCGCUCCCUCUUGCACCUGGACUUACGCCGAACGAAGAGGGCUUUCUUGCAGAAAUGGAGUUGGUCACCGUGAUCCCGCGUCAGAAACUGGAGCGACUUGAAUUGCUGGGUGGCCCGACGCAACCACUCAAUCCGCCAUUCCCUGCUUCGCUACCACUGUGGCUUGCGCUCCUCCUCAAACGUCAGAAACGAUGCAACAUCAGCCCUCCCGCAUGGCUCAGUGUUGAUGCCUUGACUUCGAUCCUAGACAUGGAGAAGGAUGAACUGACCGCUGCCGUUUUCUCACCUUCGCCCAAUCUACCUCCGCCAAAGGGCAACGCUCUCCUGGAAGACCCUUACCUAUGGUCAGAGUCUCUCGAGACUUCUUCGCCUUAUUUAGCAGACUCAGCGACGACCCGGGCGCAGCCCGAUGCUCUGCCAUAUCAUUGGUUAGAGAUCAGUCAUCUUCUCUUGACACAUGCCGCAGAUGAUUUCGUGGCGCCAGAUGAAGUGCGCACGCUGGUGCGGGACCUUCGCGAAAUCCGCAUGAGUAAAUUGCGGAAAGGUUUCAAAGUCUUAGGUCCCGAGGCGGGAGUGAAGAUGAACGGCGUGGGAGGCAUGGAGAUCGCCGAAGUGCGUGGGUUUGUCGGCGGUGUAAUUGACGGGCUGAGGAAGAUCAACCGUCCUCGGGAGGAGGCACGACGAGAACGCGAGGCGGAAGCACGAUCAGGAGGUCUUCGCAGCAGCGGAUACACAGACGACGAUGACGACGAAAUGCAGCUUUGA